AUGCAAAGUGCUUUAGUAGGCUCCUGGCACAACAGUGGCUUCUAUGGGCACUACAGAGGCCAAUUCAAGAGUGAAAGUGCUCGAGAAUAUCGCCUUGCAGCCAAGCCCCAGCCCCCAGCAGUGUUCCUGCAGCGCUGUCAGGAGCCAGCGCGGCAACAUUUCUUCUCCAAGCAUGACAACCGCACUUCCUUUGACAAAGGCCCCUACUGCCUGCUACAGGGAAUCGGAAGGCGGAAAGACCUGGAGCGCCUGUGGCAGCAGCACACCUUCCUGUGCUGGGCACCCUGUGAACUGGAGUUGCGCCAGCCGCGGCCCCUUGAAUCCUCCUACCAGGCUGAUUUCCGGUCAGGGCCAGGACUCAGUGACCUCCCCCAGCGCCUUGUCCACUUUGUGCAGAUCCAGCCUCCCCGUGCCAGCACCACCUACCAGCAGAACUUCUGCCAGCCAUCCCGUGGUGGCCAUUGUGGCAGUGACAACAUGGGGCCCCAGGCCCCAGUCGCCGACACACUGCCUGACCUUCCAGGGAUCACAAGACCCAAGCUGCUGCAGCAUUACCUUCAUGCUGGGGUCUCUGAGUGUCUAAAUUGGUCCAGAACAUUAAACAAGGACAGCUAA